AUGGCUAGCAUUGACAUCGGCCGUAAAAAGGUGGAAAAAAGGAACCGCCCACCUGUUUCUUGUGAACCAUGUCGGACUAGAAAGCUGAAGUGUAACCGAGGUUCACCAUGCGACUCCUGCAUAAGACGGGAUAAGGCCUCACUUUGCAACUAUGCGGCCAAUGCUAGUCGAAGUGAGCCAAGUAAUAACAGGCCGCGCGACUUGAAAGACAGACUCAAUACGCUAGAGAAUUUGGUAUCUUCUUUACUGUCGGGCGAUGCUGUGGUUCAGCCGGGACUGACUACCAGGAGAGAGCUCUUCACGAAAGACGCUGAGGAUAUCAUAUCACCAGCAAGACCGUGUAAUAAGCCCACAGACCAUGACUCGGGUUUUACCAGCCAGAAUGCAGGAGAAGACGCCCUUACCCCUGAGACUCCCCACCUUCAGGAAACCGCGGAUGGUCAAGUGAACUAUAUCGAUCCUAGCCAUUGGCUAUCUAUCUUGGACGAUAUAAAAGAGGUUCGAGAGCACUUAUUAGCAUCAAAUCAUCCUACAUCACAAAAUGAGAAAGGUUUCACCGCAGAUCGCGUAGUAUUGGACGCCAGUUUUCUACUAAGCUCAAACCAGGUUUCGAGCCUCGACGAGAUUCUGAGCUCAUUGCCAUCCCAACCCAUCUGCGAUAUGUUGCUUUCUUGGUAUUUCGGUUCUAGAUUCAUGGUUCUAGGUAUUAUACACCCGGACAAAUUUCAAAGUGAAUACGCUUCAUUUUGGGAGUCACCAUUCACAACGCCGCCGCUUUGGGUAGCCCUUCUUUUCUCCGUCCUCAGCGUCUCGGUUAGCUUACGAAAGGUAUCGAACAUAAGAGAGCCCGAAGGGUUAAUCCCCCAUAUAAGUAUAUUACAACAGAGAGCGCUGCAGUGUCUAGUUCUUGGGCGAUAUGCCACUGCAAAUGCACAUGCGCUCGAGGCAUUUAUACUUCACAUCCAAAGCUGCUUUUUCAGUAACGAAGGUAAUCCAGUUGAUUUGUGGUUCGAAAUGGGCACGAUAAUCCGGUUAGCAUUCAGGAUGGGUUAUCACCGCGACCCAAAUAACCUGACCGGCAUCUCUGCCUUCGACGGUGAGAUGCGGCGACGAGUCUGGGUCAACAUAUUCCAAAUAGACGCAUUGGUAUCCUUCCAAAUGGGCUUCCCAAGUAUGAUACCAAACGAAUUUUGCGACACCGAGGUUCCGAGGAAUCUAGAAUACUCCGAUCUCCAUGUCGAUAUGACGGUAUUACCACCAUCGAGACCCCUUUCCGAGAACACUCACAUACUUUACACUAUCGUAAAAGCUAGCGUGAUGGGAGUCUUCAAAAAGAUUGUUGCGAAUACACAAUCAAUCUUAGUUCCGGCUUACGACGAAACGAUUAGGCUAGACGCUGAAAUGAACCAAGUGUAUAGCAUGGUUCCAGAGCUUUUGAAGCGACGGGAUGUCAACCGUUCUUUUAUAGACCAUCCUUGUCUUAUAUGGCAACGAUGUACGAUAGAGAUGCUAUACCUGAAAGGUCUUAUCGUACUUCAUCGACGAUACAUCAGUUAUGAGUUAAGAAGCCCUAGAUUUGAACAAUCACGGCACGCGUGCGUCGAAGCAGCUCUCGAUAUCGUUUCCCGACAGAUAGAUAUACACCAGGCGUGCGAGCCUGGUGGACGAUUAUACGGGGACAGAUGGAUGUUCUGUUCGCUAUCGGUGCAUGAUCUUCUAUUAGCUUCCAUGGUUCUCUGUCUGGAUUUGUCCGUUCGUAUGCGAUCCCGAAGUGGAGUCUUGACCGAGAGGAGAGAUACGCAGCAACUAGCAAGUAGAGAGUAUCGGGCGCUCCAGGAGUCUCAACGGAUAUGGGCAGAUAGCAAAGCAGCUUCACCUGAUGCACAGACUGCUGCGCUCGCGCUUGACUUGAUGAUCAAGAAGGUUGCACAAAAUGAUGUCGGCCUUUCUCUUGCGGAGGAAACUAUUUCGUCAGGGGUCACGAAUCCUAUUAUCGAUUCAGAAUUGCCAUACGCGGCUACCAUGUCACAGAUGAUAGACGGAUCUGAGAGUAUUGAUUGGAGUCUAUUAGACCAAUAUUUGCAAUAUUGA